UGUUACCAACCUCUGUCUAUAAACAAUGUUACAUGUGGGUGUGUUACAUUUACCAACCUCUGUCUAUAAACAAUGUUACAUAUGGAGUGUGUUACAUUUACCAACCUCUGUCUAUAAACAAUGUUACAUAUGGAGAGUGUUACCAACCUCUGUCUAUAAACAAUGUUACAUGUGGGUGUGUUACAUUUACCAACCUCUGUCUAUAAACAAUGUUACAUAUGGAGUGUGUUACAUUUACCAACCUCUGUCUAUAAACAAUGUUACAUAUGGAGUGUGUUACAUUUACCAACCUCUGUCUAUAAACAAUGUUACAUAUGGAGUGUGUUACCAACCUCUGUCUAUAAACAAUGUUACAUAUGGAGUGUGUUACAUUUACCAACCUCUGUCUAUAAACCAUGUUACAUGUGGAGUGUGUUACCAACCUCUGUCUAUAAACAAUGUUACAUAUGGAGUGUGUUACAUUUACCAACCUCUGUCUAUAAACAAUGUUACAUAUGGAGUGUGUUACAUUUACCAACCUCUGUCUAUAAACAAUGUUACAUAUGGAGUGUGUUACAUUUACCAACCUCUGUCUAUAAACAAUGUUACAUAUGGAGUGUGUUACAUUUACCAACCUCUGUCUAUAAACAAUGUUACAUAUGGAGUGUGUUACCAACCUCUGUCUAUAAACAAUGUUACAUAUGGAGUGUGUUACCAUCCUCUGUCUAUAAAUAAUGUUACAUAUGGAGUGUGUUACAUUUACCAACCUCUGUCUAUAAACAAUGUUACAUAUGGAGUGUGUUACAUUUACCAACCUCUGUCUAUAAACAAUGUUACAUAUGGAGAGUGUUACCAACCUCUGUCUAUAAACAAUGUUACAUAUGGAGUGUGUUACCAACCUCUGUCUAUAAACAAUGUUACAUAUGGAGUGUGUUACAUUUACCAACCUCUGUCUAUAAACCAUGUUACAUAUGGAGUGUGUUACCAACCUCUGUCUAUAAACAAUGUUACAUAUGGAGUGUGUUACAUUUACCAACCUCUGUCUAUAAACAAUGUUACAUAUGGAGUGUGUUACAUUUACCAACCUCUGUCUAUAAACAAUGUUACAUAUGGAGUGUGUUACAUUUACCAUCCUCUGUCUAUAAACAAUGUUACAUGUGGGUGUGUUACCAACCUCUGUCUAUAAACAAUGUUACAUAUGGAGUGUGUUACCAACCUCUGUCUAUAAACAAUGUUACAUAUGGAGUGUGUUACAUUUACCAACCUCUGUCUAUAAACAAUGUUACAUAUGGAGUGUGUUACAUUUACCAACCUCUGUCUAUAAACAAUGUUACAUGUGGAGUGUGUUACCAACCUCUGUCUAUAAACAAUGUUACAUAUGGAGUGUGUUACAUUUACCAACCUCUGUCUAUAAACAAUGUUACAUAUGGAGUGUGUUACAUUUACCAACCUCUGUCUAUAAACAAUGUUACAUAUGGAGUGUGUUACAUUUACCAACCUCUGUCUAUAAACAAUGUUACAUAUGGAGUGUGUUACAUUUACCAACCUCUGUCUAUAAACAAUGUUACAUAUGGAGUGUGUUACAUUUACCAACCUCUGUCUAUAAACAAUGUUACAUAUGGAGUGUGUUACAUUUACCAACCUCUGUCUAUAAACAAUGUUACAUGUGGAGUGUGUUACCAACCUCUGUCUAUAAACAAUGUUACAUAUGGAGUGUGUUACAUUUACCAACCUCUGUCUAUAAACAAUGUUACAUAUGGAGAGUGUUACCAACCUCUGUCUAUAAACAAUGUUACAUGUGGGUGUGUUACAUUUACCAACCUCUGUCUAUAAACAAUGUUACAUAUGGAGUGUGUUACAUUUACCAACCUCUGUCUAUAAACAAUGUUACAUAUGGAGUGUGUUACCAUUCUGUUAUUUGUUAUAGAAAUAAAACAUCUGGUUUUA